GGAAGUAUAAUCUCAAAGCAUCUGAAGAGAACUAUGACUGCAUUAUCAGCCUUCUCAAUCAUGCGGGUAGAAUUGAUGAUGCUCAGAGCAAAAGCGAGACCUAUCCAGAGAAACCACUGAUUUCCAAUUCCCUUCAAUCAAUGUUCUUCUUGUUGUUCUUCUGGAUGAGAUCGCCUGGUCUGGGAACUGGUUCUUCGGAAUGAAGUGUCUAUUUCCAGGAUUUAAAGAUGCAAUAAAUCCAAGUGCCUGUUUGGUAUGAAAUGGCAACCGAUGUUGAUCGAGCAUGUUAUGAAUGGUCACAUGAUGAGUUAGCUCACAGGGAUGAUUCUCAGGAAGAUUCAUUUUCUGAAAUGCUUGACAAUGAGUCCAUGUCUUUCGGAAGCUAUUCAGUUGACUCAUUGUCAUGGGAAAAAAGGUCUGUGUUCACUUACAAUAAAUGUCAGGAAGAACUAGAGAAGGUCAAAAGCCCGGGAUUAGUUGCACAAAAGAAAGCAUAUUUUGAAGAGUAUUACAAAAGGAUCCGAGCUAUGAAAACUUUGGAGGAGAACCAGCAAACUGAGCUCACUAUGGACUAUGGUGGUGAUAGUAGUAUUUCCAGCCAAACUUGGGAAGAAGAAGAAACAGUGGCCCUGCUUGAUCAUUUUGUAAAUGAAUCUGCAAAUUUUGAUUAUCAUCUUGCAAAAGAGAGCAAAAUCGACUCCAGCUUGGAGAAGGUUCCUCAAACAGGACACUUAGACUCUAUGUUACCAUCUCAUGAUUUAUCGACAAGGCACAUGGAAGAAUUUGGAAAUGGAGUGAAGUAUAGUAAUUCUAUUCAGAUGCGGCAUCUUGAUGCUGAAUCUAUAGUGCAUGAAGUGACUGUGCAACAUGAUAUCAUUGACCUUCAAGACGAGGGGAUAUCAAGGAAGGAUGAAAAUUCAAUUUUUGAUGUUGAACCUGAGGAAGCUGCUGAUGGGACUUUUAUACCAAAUACCGCUCUGGGAAUAGGAGAUUUACAAUGUAGACCAGUCACCGACAUUGUACAAAACAAGAAUAAGCCAGCUAUGAAAACGCACGCUGACCAGCUUGCUCUCUCUAGGGUUAAGGACUUCGUUGCUUCAGCUAGAAAUGGCUUGAAAUUGGAAGGCAAUGCUAAGUCAGACAAGGUGAAGUCAUUGCAAGGAUUAAAGCACACAGUUCAGAAGAUAACUGGGAAAGCUGAGCUGAAUUGUUUAAGAAAGGCUACUUCUAAUACAGUAUCAAGCAACAAUAAAUCAACUUCAGCUGCUUCACACAAGCCAUUCACAGAAGCACGCUCUAAUGUUACCAUUCCCCGUCCUUUUUCUCUUGCCACAGAAAGGCGUGCUGCAGCUCACUCUGGCAGUAAAGAAGUUGUAAAGAUAUCAGAUACUAAAAUCCCACACAGAUUAUCACCAAACCAUUCAAAAGGUGUCUUGAACAUGCAGGAUUCACCCAAUAAAACAUCUACAACCAAUACUAUAAAAAGCAAAGAAGAAGAAAAUAGAAGAAGCCAAGAUAAAGUUAUGCUUAGAACUAUAGCAUUCAACUGUCAGAGUUCUGAUAGCACAGUUGCGCUUGGGCUCAGACCAUCAAAGGCAAGGUCUGUAAACCUUCCGGCUUGUGACAAAUCAAACUCAAGUUGUAGGAUCAACAACAGGUUGGCAACUUCAAUUGCUGUGAACAAACACAAAGAGAUUAAAGAGGACUCCAAACCAAGGAAUUCUCAUUUACUUGACCCAAAACUCACUGCUCCUCCAAAGCAGAACUUCAAUAGUAGUCAGUAAAAAGGUAAGCCCGUCUUCGAUCAACAACACCAAACUUACAUCGAAAAGGCCACACAUCGGUUACAUUUCACUUGAUGGAAGGAAACCAAGGCAAGAAAUGCCAAGGUGGCGAUAAAUUCAAAUAUCACAUUAAAACAGUCGAUGAAUCCUCUGAUCAAGCCUGCGAGAAGUAAACUUAUCGACGAUUUGCAAAAAUUGUAAUAGGGAGAUGUUAGGUCAUACUGUAAUCAAAAAAACUUGAUUUAUGCUGUCAGACUAUAACAAGAAUAUAGAAUUCAAUAAUUGUUAUACUGUCAGUAAAUUGUCUGCAGAUUUAAAUGGUUAUAGGUUAAAUAUGGAUUGUGUUUGAG